AGCCUCGCGCCAAUAACGUCGACGCCUGAUGAAGAACAUAUUCGUUUUCGUGCUCCUAGCACUUGCCGUCACGCCCUUCAGCGUGUCUGCCGCGCGCCCCAUGAGUGUGGCGAGCUCUUUCAUCACUUCCUCUCAGUCCGCACUCAGGGCGACGUGGACCAAGAAUCCUAAUGAAGAAGCUCCCGAUGCUCCCCCGUGGUUCUGCCACUCCCUCGACUGUCCGAAGUUCAAGACGACCAAGAAGAAUGCAAAGUACGAGACGCGCCUGUAUCCUCCGGGUCUGAAGUGGGUGUCCACGGUGGUGACCGGCGUGAAGUACGACGCGGCCGUUUCUCAGGGGUUCAUGCGACUCUUCCACUACAUCCAGGGAGCAAACUCCGACAGCGCCCACAUCCCGAUGACUGCGCCUGUGCGCGUGACGCUGACCCCUGGUGACGGCCCCUUCUGCGAGAACAACUUCACCGUCUCAUUCUUCGUACCCUACGACGGCGACGGAGUAUCCACGACGCAGAUCGAUCCCCCCGAACCCACGGACCCGGAGGUGUUCAUCGACGAGGACCCCGACGGAUUCGUCGCGUUUGUCAGGGCCUUCGGCGGGUGGACCAACGAGGAGAAGCUCAUCGCGCAGGCCGAGACGUUGGGUGAGGACCUGGAAAGCGACGGUCUGGACGACGUGGGAGAUAGAGAACACUUCGUGUUCGCCGGGUACGAUUCGCCCUUCAGGAUCUUUAGGAGGCACAAUGAGGUUUGGUUCCUUGCGCCGUAUCCUGAGGAGGUCACCAAGAACUAAAGCUCCAAGAACUACAGCGUUGUAAAAUACAAAUACUCGGAAAGAAUAGCGUCU